UGAGAUUCGGAGUAGGGGUAAAGGGGAGUCCGAGUGGCGGGCGGACGGACUGGUGGCGGAGGCGGCGGUCCCGCAGGCGGGAGCGGUUGGAGAUCUGUUUUCCUUGCCAGCAGUCCCGCCUCCUUUUCAUCGGAGUUUGUGGCUGUUGUGACAGGCUAUGGCGGGCCGUGGUGGAGCUGCGCGGCCAAAUGGUCCAGCUACAGGAAAUAAGAUCUGCCAGUUCAAACUGGUGCUUCUAGGAGAAUCAGCUGUUGGGAAGUCCAGCCUUGUCUUGCGCUUCGUGAAAGGACAGUUCCACGAGUAUCAGGAGAGCACAAUUGGAGCUGCCUUCCUCACACAGACCAUCUGCCUAGAUGACACAACGGUCAAGUUUGAGAUUUGGGAUACAGCUGGGCAAGAGCGCUACCACAGCCUGGCACCAAUGUAUUACCGGGGGGCGCAAGCAGCCAUUGUUGUCUAUGACAUUACCAACAUGGAUACUUUUGUGCGAGCCAAGAACUGGGUGAAGGAACUGCAGCGGCAAGCCAGCUCUAGCAUAGUCAUUGCCCUGGCAGGGAACAAGGCUGACUUGGGCAACAAGCGAGCUGUUGACUUCCAAGAAGCCCAGACAUAUGCAGAUGACAACAACCUGCUGUUUAUGGAGACGUCGGCAAAGACGGCAAACAAUGUGAAUGAAACUUUCAUGGCAAUAGCUAAGAAGCUUCCAAAAAGUGAACAGCCAUGUGCAACAGGGACAGCAGGCAGGAAUCGAGGUGUUGACCUCCAGGAGAGUAGCCAACCCAGCAAGGGGCAGUGUUGCAGCAACUGAGGGAUCCCUGCCUGCUCCUCUGGGCAGCUCCAACUGGAAUGCACCUGAACCGACCGCACUUACAGAAGAAAAGCUGCCGAGAUCCCCUCUUCUUUUUCCCUUCCCAAUUCCCCUUCUUUGCUUUAUUCUUCUGAUCAUAGAAUAGGGGGGGGGGGAGCAGAAACCACCACUUCCUCUUCUGUACAAAUAAUGAAUUCAUAUUUUUAAAAACUCUUAGUCACCUUUUUAAAACACACAAAUGAACUGUGGCACUCCUCUACCACUUUUCAUAGGUAGACGGUGAUGCGUGUCUUCAGCUCUUUGGUCUUUCUUUUCUCUGCCUUUUAUUUUUCCGAAGGGUUUUACAGCCUUGUACUUUCUCACAGCUGCUUGGAAGAGACAAAUCCCUGUCUUGGAUGGGAUGUGACUUUUGGAGCAUCUGCUUGGUGAUUCUAAGCCGCUUCAACUAGCAGGGCUUAUCCUAAGCAACUGUGGUAGUUUUAGGCUGGGGAAGAUGUAGAGAGAGUGGUGGAACUACUAUUUCCAGGGUUCCUUGGCUGAGAGCUUGGUUUAAAUAUGGUAUUGAUUUGGCCUUUAAAAGCAAGGACAUGCAGGUAACCACUAAAUGAAAUUGUAGCAUUAAUGCUAGAUUGAGAGAAACCUCUAGCCUUUACGCCUUGUUUUGACCAAAUCAUGAGUAUUUGCGGGGUGGGGGCAGGGUGCUGAUUUUCUUCUGUAUUUUGUAUUCUAGUUUUCAACAUGUAACCAAUCAGUAUCUCUUUAAUUGCAUAUACAAACUAGCCUUGCGCCCACCUCAGUUUGCAUUGGGCUUUGGGUAUACCAACUCUGCAUUAAUUUUUUUUUUUUACAUUUUGGAUGUAAUGCACUAAUUCAACCUGUUGAAGACAAAUUGUAUAAAAAUUAUCACUUUUUUGAUGAGCAACCUGAUGCCAUUGUUAAUAAUCCUAUAGUAUAAUGUUGGUGAGUGUAUAGAUGCAGCAGUUGAGGAGAAUGGACACAAGCUGGGCUGUGGCAAGAGGUGGGCUAAAAUACGUAUUCAUAUACAGACAAAAUAUUGGUAAUUCCACUAAAUAAACUGCAAAAAGGGGGUAACAAAUUUUGCUUCUGAUCUAGUGCCUGAGGCAAUUUUGUCUUACUCAUACUGGUAUUUAAGAGAAGGAGUCUAUGUUGGUCUCUUCAAUACAAAGCUCCAGUUGUGUAUGAUUUAAAAAUAAAUAAAUUUUUAUAAUUCUGAUGUUGA